CCGAAAUGAGGUUAACAUUAUUUUUUUGCUAUCUGUGGGUGGCGCUCGUUACGGGUCAGCUGCCUCCUGAUAUUGAGAAAUGUGAGGCUGGCGAUUCCACAUGCAUAGCGGAAACCGUCACCCGUAUUCUACGAUUGCAUCCCAAGGGUCUGGCCUCCAUUGGAUUGGAUGCACUCGAUUCUAUUGGUUUCGAGAAUGUAAUCGUUAGCCGGAUAGAACCGGAUGGCUCAGCAACAUUAGAUCUGAGAUUCCAUAACUUGACUGUUAGGGGAUUUGCGGACUCUACAGUGGCGGAGGCAAAAGGAUUCGAAGCAGAGCUGCCGCGAGUUCUGGAGAUUGGUGGCUGGAUUCCAUUGCUGAAAUUAGAAGGCUUUUACGAGAUGCAUGGUAGUCUGCUUUCGAUGCCUAUUCAAGGAAAAGGUCAGGCCCAAGUGGAGAUCAAGGAAUGUCGAUUUCGCUGCAAAGUGAGAGCUAUGGAGCAAUUUCGCGAGGACGGCAAACGAUAUGUUGAGAUCGCCAAGGUCAAGUGCUUACUGGAUGUGCAGGGCAUGCAUCUGAAUUUUAAAAAUCUAUUCAAUAACCCUGAGUUAAGCGAUGCCAUGAACGAUGUUGCCAAUGCCAAGUGGCUGGAUAUUUGGCAUACUCUUCGCAAGGGUAUCACCUCAGCUGUGGAUCAACUGGUUGAGUCGAUCCUUAAGCGAGUGGCUGACAAGUUGUCCUAUGAUGAUUUCUAUAGGAACUAGAUGACUAAUUUUUAUAGGUUACAUUUUAAUUUAUGUUUUGUUCAAGUUAAAUCUGUGCACUGUUAGUUUCCCUCAAUUCAUUUGAAUUAAAGCGAAGUUCUCAAGCUAUGGCAAAGGAUUCUGAUUUAGAAGCUAGAAAGCGCUUUAUUAACCGGUUAAAGCUCCCCAACUAUAAAAAUAAUCGUUUGACUUCAAGCGUGUGGCAGUAGGAACAAUGCAAUUGACACUAGCAUGUCUCGUUCUAUUCGCUCACCUGGUAGCAGCCAAUCAAUUACCUCCUGAAAUAGAGAAGUGCCAUUACAAAGACAAUAAAUGUCUAGUGCGCAGCAGCAACGCGGUGUUGCGGCGUUAUGGGAAAACAGGACUCCCGGCUAUGAAUUUGGAUCCACAGGAUGUUUUUACAGUUUCCCCCUAUAAGCUUGUGCGGGGGAAUCGGAAGCUACCCUUCUGGCAUGACUGGGGAAUUUGUGAUCAAUGGCUGUAUGGUUACGAAAACACCUACAUUACCAGGAUUCAGGGUGUCGACCCAGAUCCUAGGCGGUCGCAGGUGGAGAUACAUGGUGGAGUACCGAGCGUUAGGUCUACGCUUCGUUUUAAUUUCAUUUCGAAAUUUCUCACCUUAAAAAUCAAUGCAACUGGUCGAGCUAAUUCAGAUUUUCAGAAUCUUCGGUUUAUCACUAAAUUCUCUUUAACAGCUGACGAUAAGGGAUAUGUCCAAAUCUACAAACUAAGUCUAAACAUAGAAAUGGAUCGCUGGAUUCAAGAGCUGGAAGAUCUUUUUAUAAGCAAUACAGAUCUUACCAUUAUCGCUAACGAAUGGCUGAACAAGCACUGGCAGGAGUAUUGGGUGGAUAUCGAACCGGAAGUAACGGAAUUCAUGCGUCUAAUCUUAAUUGAUAAAUUUAACAAAAUUUUUAGCGCUCUUCCAUAUAAAGAGUGGUUUCUUCCUUAGUUUGACAUAGCGUAUUAUUUGGCUUAUUAGAUGAAAUAUAAAAAAGAAAUUCUUGUGUGUUGAAAGCUUAAAAACUAGAAGCUUUUCAGCUUAGCAUUUUGAAACGGGUAGGUCGAUUUAGCAGUGCUAAUAUAAAGCAGUAAAUUAUUUUGUCAAAGCACUGAGAAAAAUCAACAAUUUAUAGUUUAUCGAAGUACUCUUAAGCGUAAUAAAUAUAUUUCAGUAUUUUACUCCUACUUUAUUAUGUAUAUACUCAGUUAAUAAAUAUCUUGUCUUGCUUUUUUAA